UGCAACGGUUUUUAAUUUUUUAUAAGAAUGCGUUUUUAGUAAGUUUACGUUAAAAUAAAAAUUACCACACUUUUUUUUGUCACCUUAUUGAUGCACAGGUAGAAAUUAACAAAAACGCAAAGAGCAGGUAAAAAGUUUGAAACAAGUUAUCUGCCCUUUAGUGGAACAUGGCGUCGCGCGUUGAUUUCAAAUCCAACGAAAGUGACUCGGACGAAAGUAUACCAGAAUUAGAUAUAUGCUUUAAAUUAAAUGUAGAGCCCUAUCAAUACGAACCUCUACGACGAAAAGAACCGUCUCAACAUAUUGUUAAUGAAGACAGUGACUCGGAGCCGUCGCAAAUCGACGACGAAGACCCAACGGAGAAUGAAAAUAUACCUUCAGACUUGGACUGGUGUUCCUGUGAAAAUUGCACUAUUAUGCCUACUGCAAGAGAGUGCAAGUGCUGCAAUUUUUAUACUGCUAUAGAGUCUAGAUUAGAGGAGGCCAAUGUCAAGUGCAUCACAGAACAUGAGGGGUUUGUUGCCAAUUGCCUUAACAGAUGGGUCUUGGAAACAUCCUUUUAUGAAUACUUACAUGAAAAUGGACCUUUGGAAGAAAAUGAGUUGAUACACAAGGUUUACAGACACCUAGCAUAUCGACGUUUUGUUCGGUGGAUUUGGCAGCGACUGGGGAAAAACAACAGGAGGAUUUUGCCAUCUUGUGUUGUAAACAAGAUUAGAACUGCUUUUCCCUCCCAAUAAUACUGUGGUUUUAAGUACCCAUCAGGGAGUUUAUAGGUACAGUGUACAUGUAUUUACAUAAAUCCUAUAAAUUACCUGAUUAUCACUUUCACUGGCAUUUGAAAUAAAAUAUUAUUGUUUGUAAAGUCUUCUAAACUGGAUUUAAAUAAAAUAUCCAACAUUAAAUUUAACAAAUUUUGUUAAAAAUGUCAUGAUAUUAAUAAAGUUUAAUAAAGUUUAGAACAUUAGAUUACAAUAAUAUUCAGUUCAAUUUAUUGAUAAUCUUCACUUUUUGUUAAAACGACAGAUGUGACGUUCAACAAGCUCAGUCUUUGGGACGUGUGGAUAAGAGUCUGCUAUUGGAGCUGGGUAAUUCCUCAUGGCAGCCUCCCGAUUACUCCUGGAAUUUCGGUAGGAACCCAACUCAAGUCUCACUUUGACCACUUCUUCCAUCAAG